ACAAUAUGGAUGCCGAACAGACCGGACCAGCAAUUCCCAGAGUGACACCUUUGCAGCAAAUGAUUGCCUCGUGUACUGGAGCUAUUCUUACAUCACUAAUGGUGACACCUUUGGAUGUUGUUAAAAUUCGCCUCCAAGUUCAGAACAACCCUUAUCCCAAAAGAAGAUGUUUUUUAUAUUGUAAUGGACUGAUGGAUCAUCUGUAUUUCUGUGACGAGGGUAGCAACAAAGCAUGGUACAAGAAGCCUGGCCGCUUCAGAGGAACAUUGGAUGCCUUUUUGAAAAUUACUCGAAAUGAGGGCAUAAAAUCCUUAUGGAGUGGUCUUCCCCCUACACUAGUGAUGGCAGUUCCUGCUACAGUUAUAUAUUUUACUUGUUAUGACCAGUUGUCUUCAUUUAUGAAGUCUAAAGUAGAAAAUGAAGCCUACGUACCGAUUUUUGCUGGAGUUGUGGCCAGAUUAGGUGCAGUAACUGUAAUAAGUCCCUUAGAGUUGAUUAGAACCAAAAUGCAAUCCAGGGCAUUGUCUUACAAGGAAUUACAUCUGUUUGUCAGACGGAAAUUAUCACAUGAUGGUUGGAUUUCACUCUGGAAAGGUUGGAGUUCUACUGUUAUGAGAGAUGUACCUUUCUCAGCAAUGUACUGGUAUAACUUUGAAGUGUUUAAGAAGUGGCUUUGCAAAAACUCUGACAAAUGUGAGCCAACUUUUGGGAUUAAUUUUACUGCAGGGGCGAUGUCUGGUUCUAUUGCAUCUGUUGCAACUUUACCAUUUGAUGUUGUAAAAACACAAAAACAAACUAGACUUUGGAGAUAUGAAACUCCUCAAGAUGGAGGUCUGCACACCCUACCUGCAUCAACAUGGGACAUUAUGAAACAGAUUGUUUCUAAACAUGGAAUUCCUGGAUUAUUUGCAGGACUAAUUCCCCGGUUAAUUAAAGUUGCUCCUGCUUGUGCCAUUAUGGUCAGUACAUAUGAAUGUGGGAAAGCUUUUUUCCAACAGCAAAACCUCAAAAAACAAGAACUCCAUCCUUCUGACAGUAUGGACUUGAAAUAAUUAUGGUCAUAUUAUUAGCGGGAAGAUUUUCAGAAAUGUGUAAACUUCAGGUCUAUUCUUAAAUAUCUUUUUAUUUUAAAAAGUAUUAACUUAACGAUUCUAAUUAUAAUUUAAUAACAAGUUUUCUAUUUUAUCUUGUCUUUGGAAAAGUUUAAGAAAAUUCUUUAUUGAGUAUCCAUAACCCUUAUAAGAAUAUUAGAAAGGAAAAGAGAAAAGCUUGAUGAGAUAGCAAGAAUUUUUUAUUGAAUUCUAAAUUUUCCUUUGUUACCUGUUGUCUCCCAUGAGUGUGUCAACUGUACCCAAACCAUGAUAGGAGUAGAGUGUUUAAAAAGAAAAGGCUCAUAAGUCUUUUGUGCUUAUCUUAAUCAUGUACACAAGUAUUUAUUUUUUAGUGAAAUGGAAGUGGAAGCCAAUUAUCAAAUAACAUCAUACCAGCACUUGCCAAAUAUUACUGAUGUGUUUUUAUUUUUAAUUCUAAUAUUCCUUAGUUUUUGUUUGUUUGGGGCGCCUAUACAUAGUAGGAUUUCUUCUGACAAACCCACAGUUGUUUUAUCUUUAUAUCCAGAAGUGAUCCCUUUUUGCCACUGUAAGCAAAAGUUGUACAUCUUUUGCUAUGUUCUGCCAGUUUUGAAGAAUAUGGAUACUGUUCUUGGAAACUUUGUGCUCCUUUCAAAUUGUGGUUCAUCCUGGCUGGGGGGAGCAGCACAGAAUGUAUUGGUUUAGAAAACUACUCCUCUGUAUUUAGUUCAGAUAAGUUGAGCACUUGAAAAGGCAGCUUAGUUUGUGAUAUGGAUAAGAUAAUUGCUAAGAACUAUGUAGGGUACUUUAAGUCCUACCACUCUUGAGGUAGAAGAAGUAAAAAGGCAGUUUUUCAUUACUUUCUGAUGCCUCUAUAUACAUUUACUUUAGCACUGAGGACGACACUGUAUUUAAAUGGGUAAGAUUUGGCACGGAGACUUCCUGUGCUUUUUUUCUGUGAUUGAUAGAUAUCGUUUUGUUUUCAUUGUUUUUCCAGCUCCAUUUUGUAGGCUUGUUCUAAUGUGAUAGAGACUACCACAGCAUCAGUGGCUCCAUAUUUUCGUGUUGCUUCCAGAUUUCAUGUGUUACUACAUUUCACACUAGUAUGCUGACCAUGAAAAUAAGCAAUAAUCAGGGGUGGUGGCAUUUUAUUUUAAAGAAGCUUUUCUUGUUACAGGACAAUAGUGUGUGACUGUCAAAAUGAAAUGAAGGAAGAUGUAAUGACAAAAUAGGAAGUAGCAUAAAUUUUUAGAAUUACUCUUUGAUCUUUUUUUCCUCAGAAUAAUUUAUAUGUUACGAGAUGAGCACUUUAUUGUGGUCUAAAUAUUUUUCAUGAAAAUGUGAAAAAUCUCUGAAUGGAAUAGUUGAAGGAGAUGGGUAUUUAAAUAUUAUCUGGUAAGAGUUAGAAAAUUAAUGUAACCUAUACUAAACUUAAGAAAGUGUCCAUAUAUUUUGCUAAACAAAUAUUUUUAUAUCACUAAGUUUUGAAUGUAACCAUGUAUGUAUUUUAUUUCAUCCUGUGUUGAUUUGUUAGAUUUGGAAAUAAUAUGUAUGUAUAUUUGUUUUAAAUUCAUUUUCAUUAAAGAUUUUGCUUCCUUUCUUAA